UUUUCCUCUUUCUCCUUCCAAAUCCGAAAAUGGCAUCAUCAUCUUCGGACUCCAAAUCCAACCACCUCGCCACCGUCCUCUCCGCCGCGGGGUCCCUCGCCGCCAGCAUCAUGGUCGUCCGCGGCGUGGCCCAAGACCUGAUCCCCCGCGAAUUCCAAGACUACCUCUUCUCCGGCCUCCGCUCCUUCGCCGCCCGCUUCUCCAGCCACCUCACCAUCGUCAUCGACGAGUUCGACGGCCUCGGCGCCAACGAAUUCUACACCGCCGCCGCCGCCUACCUCGGCCCCAAAAUCACCCCCAACACCCGCCGCCUCAAGGUCAGCAAGCCCGAGCGGGAGAACCACAUCAACAUCACCAUGGAGCGCGGCGAGGAGAUCACCGACUCCUUCCGCGGCCACGAAUUCAAAUGGGUCUGGAUUUGCCGCAAAAUCGAAACCUCCUCCCACAAUUUCUACAACCCCCGAGACAUGAAUUCGACUCUCCGAUCGGAGGUGAGGUCGUUCGAGCUCACAUUCCACAAGAAAAACAGGGGAUUAGCCCUGGAUUCGUACCUCCCGUUCAUCACGCAGGAGGCGAAACUGAAGAAGCAGGAGAAGAAAACGAUCAAGAUUUUCACGGUGGAUUACGAGAACCUGUACCACCUCAACGAUAUGUGGCAUCCGGUGACGCUCGACCACCCGGCGAAGUUCGAGACGCUGGCGAUGGACAGCCGGCAGAAGGAGAUGAUUUUGGGGGAUUUGGAGAGGUUUCUGCGGCGGAGGGAGUACUAUCGGAGGGUGGGGAAGGCGUGGAAGAGAGGGUACUUGCUGUAUGGGCCGCCGGGGACGGGGAAAUCGAGCUUGAUUGCGGCGAUCGCCAAUUACUUGAAAUUCGAUGUGUAUGAUUUGGAGCUGACAGAGCUGCGGCGCAACUCCGAUUUGAAGAAGCUGCUGCUCACGACGGCCAAUCAGUCGAUUUUGGUGGUGGAGGACAUCGAUUGCACCAUUGAUUUCAAAGAGAAGCUCGCUACGAGGGCCGCCGCCGUUUCCACACCGCACUACCAAGCGCGGGAAGAAAAUAAGGUGACACUUUCUGGUUUGCUCAACUUUGUGGAUGGCUUGUGGUCGAGCUGUGGGGACGAGAGAAUCAUAAUCUUCACAACAAACUACAUCGAGAGGCUCGACCCAGCCCUGCUGCGACCAGGCCGGAUGGACGUGCACAUCAACAUGUCAUACUGCACCCCUUGUGGAUUCAAGCUGCUGGCCUCUAACUAUCUUGACAUUAAGGAUCACCCUAUGUUUGAAGAGAUCGAAGAUUUGUUGCCAAAUGCUAGAGCAACCCCGGCUGAAGUAGCCGAGCAGCUGCUCAAGGAUGAUGAGCCUCAUGAUGCUCUGCAGGGCCUGGUUGAUUUCCUGCACGAGAAGACGAGACAAAACGAGGAAGUGGAAGCCGAAUCAGCUCAGCAGCAAGAGGAGGUGUAGACAACAUUUUACUAAUAUAUAUAUAUAUAUAUAUAUAUAUAUAUAUAAUGGAAUCAUGUAUAGCACUUUGCAACUCAUCCAAAACAUAAUUGCAACUCAGAAAUCUAUUUCUCUGUUUUGCAUGUUGGGAUGGACUUGAUGUUCAAAAUUUGAAUUAGUUUGGGAUGAGUUCCAAGGAAUAUCAAUUAGUAAUAUUCAAUGAUAGAGGUGACUAUUUCGUUGACUUUUGGUGGGUUGUGAAAUUGUGAUAAAUCAUCUUUCAUUAUUUUGUCGCGGCUAUUGACUUAAUCUUCAUAA